GGCAGGGCGAGGUGGCUCUUAAAGGGGCUGAGUUGUGGCAGAAUGGCCAAGGACUUCCGCUACUAUUUUCAGCAUCCGUGGUCCCGUUUAAUUGUGGCCUACCUGGUGAUCUUCUUUAACUUCUUAGUAUUUGCUGAGGAUCCAGUCUCUCACAGCCGAACAGAAGCCAAUGUCAUUGUUGUUGGGAACUGCAUUUCAUUUGUUACAAAUAAAUACCCGGAGGGAGGAGGCUGGAGGUUUGUAAAAGUCUUCCUCUGGCUACUAGCGAUCCUCACAGGAAUGAUAGCUGGCAAGUUCCUCUUCCAUCAGCGCCUGUUUGGUCAGUUGCUUCGACUGAAAAUGUUUCGAGAGGACCAUGGGUCUUGGAUGACAAUGUUCUUCAGCACUAUCCUCUUCCUCUUCAUUUUUUCUCACAUCUACAAUCUGUGUCUUCUCGUGGCAGGCCACAUGAGGACAUACAUUAUAACAGACUUCAUGGGCAUCAGAAAUGAAAGUUUUAUGAAGGUAGCAGCAGUGGGGACCUGGAUGGGAGACUUUGUCACAGCUUGGAUGGUUACAGAUAUGAUGCUUCAAGACAAGCCUUAUCCUGACUGGGGGAAAUCUGCCAGAGCUUUCUGGAAAAGGGGGAACACCAGGAUCAUUUUAUUCUGGACUGUUCUGUUCACUUUGACCUCGGUGGUUGUGCUUGUCAUCACAACCGACUGGAUCAGCUGGGACAAGCUGAAUCGUGGAUUCCUGCCAAGUGAUGAAGUUUCCAGAGCCUUUUUGGCUUCCUUCAUCUUAGUCUUUGACCUUCUUAUUGUCAUGCAGGAUUGGGAGUUUCCCCAUUUUAUGGGUGAUGUUGAUGUAAAUCUUCCUGGUUUGCCAGCUGCACAUUUUCAGUUUAGAGUGCCUUACUUCCAAAAGAUAUUCAAGGAGGAGUAUCACAUACAUAUAACAGGUAAAUGGUUCAACUAUGGAAUCAUAUUUCUUGUUUUAAUCCUGGAUCUUAACAUGUGGAAGAAUCAAAUAUUUUAUAAACCACAUGAGUACGGUCAGUAUAUUGGUCCUGGGGAAAAGAUCUACACAGUGGAAGACCCAGAAAGCUUAAAGGACCUCAACAGAACCAAACUGUCUUGGGAAUGGCGCUCAAACAACACUAAUCCGUUGACCAACAGAACUUAUGCUGAAGGAGACAUGUUUCUGCAUAGCCGAUACAUUGGGGCAAGCCUAGAUGUCAAAUGCCUGGCCUUCAUCCCAAGUUUACUGGCUUUUGCAUUGUUUGGUUUCUUCAUUUGGUUCUUUGGACGUUUUCAGAAAACCGAUCAAGGCAUGGAGAACCUUGACAGAUCGUACACACGCAUGAAAAGAAAAUCACCAUCUGAUGUGGGAAUGACCCGCGAGAACACACAGGUCUUAGCAGAGGAGCCUUUAAAUUUUGAUGACCCACAUUUGAUAUCCAUCAAGUCAGACUUGAGUGAGAUUGUCUUCAAUUCUUCUCUCCUAACGUCUGAAAACCUGAAUUUGCACUUAAGUGAACAGCCAAGUCCUCUGCAACCAAUAAGAGAGCCCUCUGUACCUAAGGAUCAUCCUUUAACCUAAUAUGGCUCUCCUGCAGAGAUUAAAACAACAAGCAAUUAUUGUGCAGUUUCUUCGUUACUUGUUUUGUAAGUGACCGUUUACAUAGUCUUUAGAACAAGAGAGAGAUACAACCUAUACCACAAAGGUGCUCAACAUGCUUUUUUCUAUUUGUAUUAUAAUGACUUGUGCCUACUGUAUUAUAUCAAACAUUCCUUUAUAGAUUGCUUCUGACAAAAAUUGCAAGAGAGUGCUACAAGACUACUUGCAAGUAAAAAAUCUACUUUGGUGGUGCCUUGAAACAUUAAACUGUCUUUUUAAUAUAAUGGUGUGGAUCCUAUCUAGUUCGAGCAGAGCAUACGACAUAAAGGGGAACCUUCCUGUCUCCCUUUUCCUGCUGUGUUCUCUCCUGUAUUUUGCCCCAAGUUCCGUGGACUUCAAGAUUAGUGUGGGGGGGGGGGGGGGCAAAGCAGAAGAGAGGAAUUGUUGAGAGUUGGCCUCUGCUCUUUCGCAGGCGGGAAGUGCCUUCUGCAAGUGGGACAGGAUAUUAGGAUCCAAGCCUUAGAAAUGUUGUGAAGCUUCCUUUUCAACUAUUUCACAAGAGCAAAGUUCUUUGAAACAGAGUGAUUUUGGACAGGCUGCAAAUGGUUACCGUUGGUCUCCCGAAAGGCCCUUCUUCUUGCACAUGCUCCAGAGCCUGGGAUAUGGACAGUUUUUGGCAGCCAGGUAGACCGUCUCUUGCAGAAAACCUUCUAAGAUGUGGUGCAGCCUACAGCAGAAUGCCAACCUUAGAUUUACACUAGCAUCCUAAGCAGACGAAUAUUUUUAAAAAUCCACUGAAGUCAAAGUGUUUAGAAGGGGACAAUUCUGUUUAGGGUGACACUGUUAGAAUCGUAUGGGUUGGGUGUGUCAUCAACAGAAGAAUGAUUUCAAUUUGUGUACGCGUGUGAGUAGAAAGGCUUCUGGUAAGGAAUGACUUUGGUAUACUGACCUGUAGUCCAUGACUUUGAUGGCUGGACUUCAAAGAAGCAUGUUGAUUACCUUUUUAAUUUUGCUGGCUGUCUGCCAGACACAUGCACAGAUUCAUAACACCAUAAGCCGAGAACGAUAAUGCGGCAUGGUUCACUACUUAGCAACAUGUGACUUUCUCCACCCGUUAAUUGCAAUUAGGUGAUAAUACCUAAUUAUGUUUUUUAUAAUUAGAGAUAAAUUACUACUUAAUUAAAAAACUCACCCUUCACCUUCUUGAGAUCAAAAGGUUAAAAUGCAGAAUUUGAAGGAAGAGUUGGACUAUCAACUGAAACCUAUGCAAUGCCAAAGAACAAUAUUGGGAAUGCACUUGAAGAUAACAGAAUCCAUCAUUUACAGGGUCUGUGAAUUUUUUUUUUUUUGUAAAUAUAGAUAAAGGUACAUCCAAAUGGAGAUGUGUGGAGUGCCGCUGAGAAAAUGGACUCUGGCAGCAGGUUCUGGGGUGAGAGUGAAUGCAUGAACUAGACUAAAGAGUUUUGUGUUGUUUUGUUACUUUGAAGAGUUAACACUAUGUCCACUAAUAAAA